CCAACACAACCGCAAUUCUCAGAACACUCCCAAGAAAAAUGACCGCUCAAUCAUUCAUCGUCCGCAUCAAGAAGGAUACUCCCGCAGACGAGGUCACCAAGAUCAAGGAACAGAUCACGUCCAGUGGAGGCUCGAUUGAUCAUGAGUACAAUACUCUGUUUACUGGAUUCUCGGCCAGGAUUCCAGAGGAGGCUGCGAACUCUUUGAAGGGACACCAACAUAUUGAUGAUAUGGAGGUUGACCAGGAGAUGAAGACUCAGUAA